CUCUAAAAUUAAAAUAUUUUUAAUGGUGUUGUUCAUAUCGGUUAUAACUGAAGUAAAUAGCAAACGAGGACGAGGAAGAAAUAGAUCAAAAAAUAAAAUUCAAAUUGGAUUACCAAUCACAGGCAAAUAUAGAGACCCAGAAUCGGAUCAAUACUACAAUCACAAUGAUGGAGCUAAAAUUAUCAUGGCAUCACAUUUUGACUAUGAAUAUGUUCUUGGACAUAAAAUAGUGUUUGUUUGUGUUGCUAGAGGUAACCCAAGACCACAAAUCACCUGGUUUAAAGACGGUGUUGAAUUAUACUACCAUUAUAACCAUCAUGUACAUGAAUGGAAAUUAGGACAGGAUAGAAUAAAAUCAAAAUUAGAAAUUGAUCCAGGAACACAAAUGGAUGCUGGAGUUUAUGAAUGCUCUGCAGAUAAUAAUUACAGCAUAGAUAGAAGAAGCUUUAAGACAGAUUUUAGUAUAGCAUUUGAAUCAUAGAAUGCAUUUUAUAUAUUUUUUUAAUAUUAAAUAAUAUUCAUGAAUUGGAUUUAGUAGAUUAAAAAUCGCAGUUAUAUUGUUUUAUGUUAAUUUAAUUAUAAAUAUAGCAUUCUCCUAAAAAAAACGUCUAUACACAAAAUUGUAUGUACAAUACUAAUAUUAAU